CGGCAACAGAAAUGGAAGCAGAAGGUGACGCGGCGUGUGGGGGGCAGUCGGCGCUGGACGCACGCUCCCAGGUAGACGACAUCUACGAUAACAACGAUGGAGCAGCGUGUGGCGGGCAGUCUACACACUGCCUUCCCCGCGGCGUGCGCUCCCAAUUCGACAGUAACGACGACGACUACGGCGCCGUCAACGACGACAUGACGCACGGCGUUCCUCGUGGCACACCCUACGGAUUCCACAGCGACGACGAAGACGACGACUACGUCACCAACGAUGACGAUCUGAUGCACGUCAUUCCCCGCGGCGCAGCCUCCGGAUUUGACAGCAGCAGCGACGACGACGACGCGGGGGCGGACGACGCAGCGUCGCGGCUGCUGCGGGCGGCCGAGGCAGGCGACCUAGCCGCCAUCGAGGCGACCCUCGCGGCCGACCCGUCGCUCGUGAACGCGUGCGACGCAGACGGCUACACGCCUCUCCACCGUGCGUGCUACGCCGGCCGCCCGCGCUGCGUCCGCGCCCUCCUCGCGCGCGGAGCCGACCCGGCGGCGGAGACGCGCGACGGCUGGCGCCCCCUGCACAGCGCGUGUCGCUGGAACAGCUACGAGUGCGCGUCGGCGUUGCUGCGGGGCGGCGCGGACGUGAACGCGCGCACGCACGGACGCGUGACGGCGCUGCAUCUCGCGGCGUCGCACCCCGGCGCGCGCGAGACGUUGGAGCUGCUGCUGCUGGAGCGAUACGUCGAGCCGUGGCCCGUCAACGCCGCCGGUGACACGCCGUACGACGUGGCGCGCCGCGCGGGACCGCACGCUCACUUGUUCGAGGCUGUGGAGGAUUGCGCCACCUGUCUGUAUGAGAAGGAACCGCGGUAGACGUUCGCUUGUUUCGCAAUUGGGUUGUGCCACCUGUCUGUAUGAGAAGGAACCGCGGUAGAUGUUCACUUUUUUUCGAAAUUAGGUUGUACUACAUGCCAGCUAUCUGUAUGAGAAGAAACCUCAGUAAACGUUCGCUUGUUUUGUGAUUUGAGUGAAGGGUUGGGCCACCUGUUUUUACGAGAAGGUACAGCGCUAGACGUUCUCUUGUUUUGUGAUAACAGUGGAGGAUUGUGCCACCUGUGUGUACGAGAAGGAAACGCGGUAGAGGUCCACUUGUUUUACGAUUAAAGCAUCACGUCUGUAUGAGAAGGGACAGCAGUAAAUGCUCACUUGUUUUGCAAUCGGAGCUGAGUGAAGCAUAGGGAUGGCGAGAUUGGUUGAUAAUUUUUUUUCUUGGGAAUAAGGGGGUAAAAACAUGAUCCUGUCCUGAUUUCAAAACUUUUGCUUUAUACUACAUACCCUUUAGUAAAAUCCAGAAAAAUAGCCAGUCCUGGUGGGGAGUUACCAGGAUGGGGCUACAGAAUGUUCUGCUAUUUCUAACAUUGUGUAAAAGCAUCUUGGAUUUGCUGUUUAUCAUGCAAAUAUGCAGCAUGCAUAUAUAUAUUUAUGCAUUCAAGUGAUUGUUUUCAGGGAUGAGAUUCUUCCGCGGAUCCGCGGAAAUC